AUGACUCCUCACAAACUUUGUAUGAUUCCUGGUCCCAUCGAGUUCCACGAAGAUGUCCUCGCUGCCAUGAGUACCCCUGCUACCUCUCAUGUUGAUCCCAACUUUGUUCCCAUCUUUGGCGAAUCCAUUGAAAUGGUCCGUAAAGUUGUCUUGUCCGAGAAGGCUCAACCUUUCAUCGUUUCUGGUUCUUGUACCUUGGGUUGGGAUAUGAUGGUCAACUUGCUGGAACAAGGUGAUGAGGUGUUGGCCUUGAACACUGGUUACUUUGGUGAUCACUUUUCUGAAUGUUUGGAAGUCUAUGGCGCUAAGAUCACCACACUCCGUGCUGACGUUGGUUCUCGUCCCUCCAAUGAUGCCUUGAAGCAAGCUUUGUCUGAAAAGAAGUACAAGAUGGUUACUGUCACUCAUGUUGAUACCUCCACUGGUGUCUUGUCUGACAUCAAGGCCAUUGCUCAAACUGUCAAGUCCAUCUCCCCUGAGACUUUGGUUAUUGUUGAUGGUGUUUGCUCCGUUGGCUCCGAAGAGAUCCGCUUCGAUGAAUGGCAGUUGGAUAUUGUCAUCUCCGGCUCUCAAAAGGGUUUGGGUGUCCCUCCUGGUCUCUCUGUCGUUGUUGCUUCCCCUCAAGCCAUCGAGGUCUACAAGUCCAGAACCACUCCUAUCAUCUCCUACUAUUCCAACUGGAACAAGUGGUUGCCUAUUAUGGAAGCUUAUGAGUCUCGCAAGCCCGCAUACUUUGCUACUCCUGCUGUUCAAUUGAUCUAUGCUCUUCACGCUUCUCUCAAAGCCAUCACCAGCCAACCUAUGGAAGUUCGUUUCGAAAAGCACCGUGAGGUCUCCUCCAAGUUCAGACAAACUAUCCGUGAUUUGGGCUUGAAGACUGUUGCUCAAUGCGAAGAGUGCUCUGCUAACGGUAUGACCGCUGUCUGGUUGCCUGAGGGUAUCGAGAUUCCUCAAUUGGUUCCUGCUCUUGCUGCCAAGGGUGUCCAAAUUGCUGGUGGUAUCUUGAACGGUUUAGCUGGCAAGUACUUUAGAAUUGGCCAUAUGGGUAUCUCUGUCACUGAGCCUGAGCGUCAUCACAUUGACAAGGUUGUUGAAACUUUGACUGACUCGUUGAAGGAACUUGGUUACAAGGCUUAA